CCUAACCUGUCCACCAACACAGCAACAUCACACACAUUUUGGAUUAGCUAAAUAAACCAUUAAAUAAACCAUAAAUCAGGAAGAGUAUAUAUAUUCUAUAUAUACUCUUCUUGUUAAAGCAAAGCUGUCCAUCACAAUAUGGCAUUCAGCGUAAUAUAUGCUGCUUGCUUAACUGCUGGACAGAACAAAAAAAAAAAAAAAAAAAAAAAAAAAGAAGGACGAACUGACUCCCUGACACUGUGCUCAGCUACUAAUAGGAGGUCUCCACAUUAAACCACAGACUAGUAUUGACGCUGAAGACAGGAUGAUAUUUGGGGGCGCACAGGUUCUUUGCACAACAAUCACACAUUACAUCACCAUUUGAGGUGGAGCCUUCAUCCUUCGUUCAAUGUUCAAUGCAUGACUUAAAACAAAAGUCUAAUUAGUCUUGAGAAGCCUCAGGAAUCUUUCACUGAGCUGUAACCAGUAAAAACCAGAAGCAUUGAGAAGGAAACCUGGCAGUGAUAACAAAUAAGUGUCUCAACUGAUAACCUGAAAGACUCCCAACAACCAGAGUCUUUUCUUUUACUAGUUUGCUUCGGUUCCUAGCUCAUGUUGUAUUCUCCAUAGGGCACCGCAGAUGGCAGUCACAACUCCUCGGUCUUCUAUCCUCUAUUCACUCCCCUAUUUUUUGGUGUUUUUAGUGUUUUUGUCAUAACCUGGACUUUCAGUUGCCACUUUGUAUUUUAUUUUAAUGCACUUCCGGUUUUUGCUAAUAUCAUGUUUAGUUCUUGCUUUGCUUCCGGUUCACACCAUCUGGAAACUAUCAGUAAUCAGAUUCCUGCAUUUAAGCACCAAUACUCACCACAUCUAGUUGCCAGAUUGUCAGCUUUGUUUAGCCAGCAUUCCAGCAUUCCAGAACCCGUUUGACCAUUGCCUAGUCCUGACCUGGUCUCUUGUCCAGCCUGUGAAUCUUGUUUCGCCGCCGUGAGUGUUGGCCUUUGCCUGUCUUGACCACCAUUUGCCUAAGCCUUGCCUGUACCUGGUUGCCCCUGCUGUGUACCGACUUCUGCCUGUCGGACUACAAGCCUUAUUAAAUCACUUUAACCUCAAAUCCUGUCUCGUGCUGUGCACAUGGGUCCAUUGCCUAGCUGUUUUUAAUUUAUUUUAUACAGCCACUCACGGCCUCAUGGAUCACUUACUCCAGAGAGACACUCCUGUCUCUCCAGCUGUGGUGUGGUUGAAACAGGAAGUCCUUCAGAAUAAAACCAAAACUAUGGCCGAAACAGGACAGUACUAGGCCAUACGUGGCUGUGACUGCAUAACCCUCGCCUGAAUUGGAGAACCGGGGAGAUUGAAGAGUGGGGCCAGGACUGUGACUGUACCUGUCACUGACCGCGCUCAGCCCCAGAAUACCCUGAGAAGUCGGCAGCGGCGGGAGGCCCCACCGAGGAAGUCUUUCUGCAUAAGGUACCAGAGUGUUAUCAUGAUCUUUGAUCUGUGUUUAGUAAGCAGAGAGCAGCAUCACCUUCCCCUCAUCGCUCACACGAGUGCGUGAUCAAUAUAAGACCUGGGACCACUCCACCCAAGGGCAGAUUGUUUCAGCUCUCACCCAAGGAGCAAGAGGCCAUGAAGGAGUAUCUGGAUGACGCGCUGGUGCCCAGACUCCUCCACCUCAUCACUAGCAGGUGCGGGAUUCUUCUUUGUGUGGGAAGAAGGAAGGAUCGCUUUGUCCCUGCAUCGACUAUCGAGAUCUCAGGUGUUUACCAAAUUAGAUCUCUGCAAUGCCUACCAUCUAGUCAGGAUUCAAGAAGGAGAUGAAUGGAAGAUCGCCUUCAACGCGCCCAACGGUCAUUACGAACAUCUCGUGAUGCCGUUCCGUUUGACCAACGCUUCUGCAGUAUUUUAGGGCCUUGUCAACAACGUUCUUGGUAACGUGAUUAAUGUUUUUAUAUUCGUCUACCUAGACAACAUCCUGAUUUUCUCCAGGUUCGAAGAGGAACACUGACUCCACAUUUGCAAGGUCUUAAAGCAGCUCUCGAGUUUCGCCUCUUCGUUAAAGUGGAGAACUGUGAGUUCCACAAAUCCACCGUGUCAUUUCUGUGGUUUGUCACCUCUCAGUGAUAGGUGCUUAUGGAUCCUGCAAAAACCCAGGCGGUGGAGGAAUGGCCAAUGCCGCAUGAGACACGAGGGGUUCAAUGGUUCCUGGUGUUCACCAACUUCUACCAUCGGUUCAUCCGGAGGUUCUGUUCGCUAGCUGCCCCUCUUCACACCCUCACAUCUUCCAAGGUCCAGUUCCGGUGAUCACCCGAGGCGGGUGACCACCCUCCACAGAAGAGGCGGAGCAGGCCUCUCAGCUUCUAAAGAAGAGCUUCACCUCGGCACCCAUUCUCCAGCUGCGCGAUCCGGCCCGUUUGUGGUGGAGGUAGAACAUCCAAGACCAUCCAAUUCAGGAAUCGGGGCAGUCAUUUCCCAGCGGGAUCCAGCGGACGAUAAGCUACAUCCUUGCGCCUUCAUGUCACGCAAGAUAACUUUAGCAGGAAGGAACUACGAAAUCGGCGACCGUGAGUUGUUAGCUGUAAAGGGAGCUCUGGAGGAAUGGCGAAACUGGCUGGAGGAAGCAGAACAGCCCUUCAUAGCUUCUACAGACCACAAAAAUUAAGGAAUAUCUCUAAACGCCGAAAUGUUUGAUUUCAUGCCAGGCUCGCUGGCUAACUUCCACCUGUCUUAUCGCCCAGGUUCCAAUAACGGCAAGCUGGAUGCCCUGUCCAGGAUCCAUGAGGUCGAGUUCGAGCCAGAGAAAACCGAGCCAAUUCUUCCAGCCGGUUGUGUGGUCGGGGCAGUCACCUGGUCCAUCGAGAGCCGGGUGAAAGAGGCUAUCAGAGCCCUUCCGGCCAUUCCGGAGGAUCCACCUAACCGAUUGCUUGUGCCACCAGAGCUAAGAGGGAAGUAGACAUACAGGAGCUGAUUGAACGGCGUUCGUGGUAGGAGGAUGGUUCUGGUGGCCCCCGGUCCAAGCGUGACAUCCGGCAGUACGUCGAUGCCUGUCCUACCUGCGCUCACCAAACUUGGUCUCACAUUGCAUUGAAGUCCGUCACCGGGUUGCAACCAUCAUAAGGUAACACAGUUGUCAUGACAGUCAUCGACAGAUUCUCCCAUUUAGCCCACUUUGUUCCCAUGGCUAAGAUGCCUUCGGCCAAGCAGACGGCCUUGGCUGCGCUGGAGCACGUAUUCCGGCUGCACAGGUUCCCAAGGGAUAUCGUCUCGGACUGAGGACCUCCAUUCGUAUCUAGGUUCUGGCGAGAGUUCUGCUUGUUGCUUGGGGCCCAGACCAGCUUGUCAUCUGGAUACCACCCAGAGUCCAAUGGACAGACCGAUUGGACCAACCAACAGCUGGAGGCCGGACUUCGACUGUUGGCGUCCCAGAAUCCCGCCAUCGCUAGAGUAGUAUAUUUAUGUAUCAUAUCAUAUAUUAUUAUAUAGGUAGUGAACAAUCUGUUCGGGUCAAGUUAAGAUGCAGUGACUGUUCCUCAACCCUUGCAGUUUGGCAGGGUUGUUGUCUGGGGAGCAUCUGGGAUAGACUCCAGGAAACAGACAUUUACAUUUACUUUUAGCAGUAAAAUUGAUCAUUGCUUAUGAGAGAAGUACAGAGAGUAGAUGGGUUCGUGUGGGGUGGGGUGAAAGAGUUUGCGUAAACUGGGUUCGCAGAAUCCGUGUUCGCAGAAUCUGUUGUUGUUAACAAUGUUUAUCCAAGCUGUUCCUAAGGAAAUAUUCAAAAUGUCACGCCGACCUGGGAAAGGAACUGGGAGGUUGAUGGUGGGCCAGAUGCAGCUGGAGCUGGACAGAUAACACGGCCCAGCGCCAGGACUUUCCAAGUAGCCGAGAAAAACAUCUACACGUCCUUAUUUGGACAUGUGGAAAGAUGUUAGGUGGUGGUUAAAAGCAGGCCUUCACAGGCUGGGGUUUUCAGAGCGCUUCGCAGAGGGUCCGCUGGUAGCACACAGCGGACCUUUUCCGACCUCUCGGUUCCCUCUGCAGAGGAACAAGCAGGUGAAUUCGGUCUCUGCCUCUCUUGUUAUUACUCUUUUGUAAUCAUUAUAUGAUUGUUUUAAUUUGUCAUGUAUAAUAAAUUUGUAUGCUAUUGAUUUAAACUUCAAAGUUGAGUUCUUGUGAAAUCUCUGUCGUGGUUGAAGAGAAUAGAAAUACAUGACAGAAAUUGGCGUCACUCCAAGCAGGCAGGUCAUAGCCGGGUCUGAAGCCGACAGGUGCCCGACUGCACCCAGCCCGAGACGACUCGUCACUGGUGGCCACAGAACUGAGCGCGAUGAGGGUAAAUCCGGAUCUGGACUCCUUUCCCACCAUCAGCAGAAGAACCGAAGGAGAAGAAGCGCCAACCAACAACCAGAACAGGGUGGAAGCUCUGACACCACAGCAGCUGGAGGACACAGACCACAGCAUGGACGCCUCACAGACUCCCACAACGUCUGCAGCCAUCACGUUCUGGGCUCAUCAGAUGAACCAGCUACUGCAAGCGUGUGUGUCUGACACAGACACCUGCUUAUGACAAUCAGCAAAGGAAAACAAGGACAGAGCAACAGCAGAGAAGACGUGCUCUGACACAGACACUGGUUGAAACAACAGGAGAGGCUUCAGACGUGAUCGGCCCAAUAGAGCUGCAUCUGAGGAUCCAGGAAAGGUCUGUCAUCGAGGAACAACUGUCCCAUUGAAAGGCUUCACCCACUGGCGCUCACAUCAGACUGAUGGUUGGGGAAGGAGGAAGGUGACGGUUCCUUUUCACGUGACGUACAAGACGGUACCGCAAAAACACACACACAUUCAUGCACGCAAUGAAGUAACACGCUUACAGCUGAUACACGCUCAAAUUCAUGUUCAUGCUUAUCUGUUCGCAAUGAAGAAUCGCUUUUUGCUUAAAAAAUCCCACAGAGUGAUUUUAAAAUGAUGACAAACAGCUAAAUGACAACUGCUGCAUGACUUUACAGUCUGAUGGGUUCAAACUAUUUUAACUUGCAACAAAUUCAGUAAUAAAAUCCUUCAUGUUUCUAAAAAUACUUGUGCACACUAUAGGUUUGUCUGGCCAGACUAUAGGAAAACAAAACAAAAACAAAACCAGACUAUAGGAAGACUGAAACCGACUGAAACAGACUAUCAAUGACUAUUUAAAAGGGAACACGACUAUUAGAGAGAACAAAUAAUAAUUACUGUACGUACCAGACUAUUAAAGAAAAACUUACUGUUCCUCUGUCUUGCACGACAUCAGGUCACGACAGCAAGACACUCAAACAUUAAUUUUUGCUUUAAAACUUAUGCCCAGUUAAUCUACUAGGAAGAGAUCUCAUGUGUAGUUUAGGUAUUUCACUGAUUUCCACUCCGGAGGGAGUGCAGGUCACACCCACGGACAAUGUAAAUAAUUUUUCUUUUGUUUGUGUUAAUUUCAGCUCAGAGCCGCUGCUCUAUUCUUAUCAGUGGCUGCUGAAGGGAGAGGCUGUAACUGAGGCCCUCAUACAGGCUGCUCGACAGCUUGUUUCCCCACAAAACACAACCUUUAGAGACGCAUCUGACCUGUCUUGUACAGCACAUGUGUCCACUGGUCCUGAUGAGAAGUUUGAAAAAUCAUGGUUACGCACACAUCGGACCAACUGACCUCAACCUCUCUAUUCUGGGAUGAACAUAGGUCUGCGCUUGCGAUUUCUCUCACUAACGAACAAGAGAGAUUUGUUGAUGCUUAUUCUACAGAUCCACAUGUCCUUCUGUCAAAACACGACGGAGACAGAUGGCAGGACUUGGGUCCUUUCGUGGACAGAUGUCAAAGGGAAGGAGACUGGCAAACGACUUCCGACCCGAAUGUGAUGUAUUCACCUACCUUGCAUGCUUACAAAAAACUUUUUCAGUCUAUCUUUCAUGCGCAGCGUACAGUGCACUUGGUACCUCAACAUUCCACACACACUCCACACCACGUGUUUUUGUCGGAGGACGCUCUGACGCAGUAUCCAGCCUUACAGGAAGUUCCGGCUUCCCUGUGGGCCACACACAAAUAUGAUGUAGGUUUGAUCAAAGGGUGUGACCCAGUGGUCAUCACGCCAAAAUCUGACUACAGACCAUGCAAACGGCAAUACCCUUUAAAGAGAGAAGCAAUUGAAGGGAUAACACCGGUGUUUAACACUGUCCCAUGUGACAACUCUCCAGUGAGGACUCCACUCUUCCCGGUUAAGAAAAUCAGAGACAAAGGACAGCCAACAGAAUGGAGGUUUGUCCUGGAUCUGCAAGCAGUAAAUGCAGCGGUCCAACCACGCGCGCCUACGGUACCGAACCCCUACACCAUUCUUUCUCAGGUUCCGCCCAAGGCUAAAUUUUUUUCAGUAAUUGAUUUGGCCAAUGCUUUCUUCAGCGUGCCCGUCCACAAAGACAGUCAAUUCUGGUUUGCUUUUGAAUUUAACGGAAAGUCGUACACCUUUACCAGACUGUGCCAGGGGUAAAUUACAGUUUGUUCAGACAGAAGUUACCUUCCUAGGUCACAUCAUCACCGCUGAAGGGAAAUCCAUUUCACAUAAAAGAGCUGAAGCUAUUCAGAACCUGCCUAAACCGUGCACAUACAAACAGCUUAUGUCCUUUUUAGACAUGUGCUCUUAUUGCAGGAAUUUCAUUACUAACUGCGCCGUCUUGGAGGCUCCGCUUAGAGCUCUGAUGCAGACGUCUUCUGCAUCCACCACCCGCUUCACGUGGACAUCUGAAGCUGAACAGGCGUUCACUGACCUCAAACUUCCUCUUCAGUCGGCUCCUACUUUGGGUCUGCCUGACCCUACGCGACCUUUCACCCAAACAGUGGAUGAGAAAUCAGGUUGUAUGACCUCUGUCCUUCUACAGGAUCACGGAGGGCGUCCACGCCCUGUAGCCUAUUUCUCUGCUAAACUUGACCCAGUCACUGCGGGGCUCCCACAAUGCCUCGAGCAGUGGCUGCGGCAGAGAAAGCCGUGCUGGCAUCACGUGACAUUGUUGGCUAUUCUGAUGUCACCCUGCUGGUUCCUCAUGCCGUGUCUUUGAUCCUUUUAGAACAGAAAACAUCACAUCUUUCUACAGCCCGAUGGCUUAGAUACAACACCAUCUUACUGGAAAUGCCAAACAUUACUUUCAAAAGGUGCAAUGUGCUUAACCCAGCCACUUUGUUUCCAGGCCCUGACGAUGGCGAGCCUCACAACUGUGUUUCGGUCUUGAACCAGGUCUGCACUCCGCGCCCAGAUCUAUCGGAGGUGCCUAUUCCUAACUGUGACCUCGUUCUCUUUGUUGAUGGCUCCGCCUCUAGAGACCCUGCUUCGGGCCACUGUCAGGUUGGACAUGCAGUUUGCACCUCUCAUACUGUUUUACAGUCUGGCGCUUUUCCAGGCUUUGCUCAGGCUGCAGAGUUGAUCGCACUGACCGAAGCUUUUAAAUUGGCUGAAGGGAAGUCUGUUACUAUCUACACAGACUCCAGAUACGCUUUUGGCGUUACACAUGACUUUGGUGCUCUGUGGAAACACAGAAAGUUUUUGAAAUCUGAUGGCAAACCUAUCUUGCAUCAUGAUAAGGUUGCUGAUCUGCUCGACGCAAUUCUGUUACCAGCUGCAAUUGCUGUAUGUAAGUGCCCCGCACACACUGGGGGCGCUGAUCCCAUCUCUGCUGGAAACGCACGCGCUGAUGCUGCUGCAAAGGCAGCUGCCCGACUUCCCCUUCCCUUUGUUCCCUGCCUCUUAUCCUCCACCUCUACCCAACCUCCCUCUCCUCCCUCUGCUCUCCCUGAUCUUCAAACAUUCUCUACCCCACAGGAACGCAAGCUCUGGCUGACGAAUGGCGCCACCAGUAGCCAUGGCGUUUGGUAUGGGCCCGACGGCAAACCUUGCCUACCUAAACACUUUUUCCCUCAUAUUGCGAAGUUGACACAUGGAUUAGACGAUGUAUCAAAGGGGGGAAUGUUAGAUGCGCUUACAAAACAUUGGUACACUAAGGGAUUUUCAAUCUAUGCACAAAAAUACUGUGAAGCAUGUAUGACAUGCGCCCAACACAACCCAGGUAAGUCGGUUGCCAAACCACUGGCAGCUCACCCACCACCGGAACAGGCGUUUGACCAUUUAAUGUUGGACUUCUUCGAACUAACGCCAGCAGAAGGUAAAAAGUAAUGUUUAGUGAUUGUUGAUAUGUGUUCAAAAUGGGUGGAGGCCUUUCCAGCUAAACAUGCUAACAGCCAUGCAGUUACCAAAGCCUUGCUGACGCAAUGCUACAGUACUGUAAGAACUUAUCCACUGUUCUGUCUCAAAUCUCCAAACAGGUGAAAGCGGCUCUGCCCAAACAGUCGACAGGACCAUUACACACCAUCCAACCAGGGCACUGGGUGAUCAUUAAAGAGCUUCGCAGGAAGCACUGGAACUCAAAGCGGUGGCAAGGUCCCUUCCAGGUCCUUCUGACGACCCACACGGCUAUAAAGAUCGCAGAAAGAGUGACUUGGAUCCACUCCAGCCACUGCAGGAAAGUCCUGGAUCCAACAGACGACCCUCCAUCUACACCACAUGAGAAAAUCACCAAUAACGAAAAGAACUGAGAAGGACGACCCUCACUGUGCUCACACACGCACUAAGGCGAGGCUGCGUUGACCGUUCAGCUAAAGGUGUGAGCCAAGCGGCGCCUGAAACUGCGCCGGUGAAUCACACUACCAGACCAAUACAUCUACACACACGUUCCUGAGAAAACACACACGAGCAGCCUUGAGUUGCCGACGCUGGACGACGUGUAGACUCUUCACAUCACGGGGAGUGACAGUGACUCAGACGACAUUGGGAGGAAACCUGGCGGUGAUAACGAAUCCCAAGUGUCUCUGUGAUCAGCUGAUCACAACCUGAAGAACCCCAAAGAACUAUCAAGGUGUCAACAAACAGGUUGUAAACAAUCUAACGCCACUGUUCAACAGGAAGAAGAAGACAUUGAUUGUGACCCUGUUGUUUUUGAUCUUCAUUGUAUGUUACUUUAAUAUUUGCUCUAAAUUGAGUGGUUGAUUUACAUGUAUACCUCUCUGUGAUUUUAUCCACUAUUUUUAAACAAAACAUUUUAUGUUUCCCUUUGAUUCACACUUACACACAAAUUUUUAUCUUCGACUGAUGCAAAAUGACAUCCACCAGACGAAACAAGAUAAAAAUGAUUGUCAUAUCGACGUUGACAGUGAUAUGCGUAGUCACUCUGACAUUCGCAUCAACCGAAGACACUCUUAUCCACCGCACACCAGAGUCACCCACAAAUCGAUCAUGCUUAGUUUGUGCCGUUAGAGACCUGAUGACCAUGACGGAACAAUUGCCCCACAUAGCGAAGACAACAUGGCAGAAUAGAAUGGCCUUAGAGAUGUUAUUGAAGUGUUUGUGUCAGGUUUGGUAAAAAAUGCUGUACCUUUACCCAGGAUGACUGAACAUGAUCUGAUUGAUUAUAGGCUUAUGUCCCUGUCUUUUCAAAGCUCAUACACAAGGGUUAUUCUAGUAUAACUACCCACAAAAACAGCUCACAAUCUUUUAUCCCUACGCCAUUUACAUUUUCAUAAGCAAUACAUUUAACAAAUCAUUUUUAAAGAAUCCUUUAUUACUAUAGAAUGAAUGCCACGAUUGACAAUUUUUAUUCUUUUAAUGUUUGAUUUUGUGUAAUCAAAAGGGGGGAACUGUAAUGGAAAAAUUGUACUUUAAUGCUUUUUGUGUUCAUUUCUGACUCUGUAUAGCGACCAUGCAUUCUGUACUUGUUGAUUAGACGCAGAACUGAACAUUCUCAGACAGACAAUCUAUCUCCCUCUCAAGGUGACCGAUUGUUCAUGGCCUGUGUCUGCCUUUUACCCCUGGGCUCUGGCUCCUUUCUGUCUGAUGCCUCACCAGACCCAAGGCUGUAAACCUUGUGUAUUCCCUGUGUAAUGUAAACAUCUUCACCCACAGUGUGAUAAGAAGAUUCCACCAGGUCCAGGGAGAAAGGUUAAAAGGCAGAACCAACUUGAGGAUCGUGGGCUCUUUGCAUCACACCUUUGUGGCGUGUGCACUGAUCUCCCCAGCUGGUUUUUGGUUUGUUGAUGUGCACGAUCAACAUCUAUGCUUUUUGAUUUGCUUUCCCCAUUAUUUUUAUUUUCUUUAUUAUUUCAAUAAAUCGCACAAAAGUA